UGACAAUCGAGUGUUGCAUAUACGACAAUUUAUUUCAAUUAGACUAAGAUGUGAGAUAAUUAAAUUAUACUCUUGUGUAUUUUGUGGCUCAUUCUCACUCUCUCCUCUUCUUCGAUCACGCGCUACACGACGACAAGUUGUUAAAUUAAGGAUCACCAGAUGAAUUGGUGAUCUUCAUAAUUUAAUUACAAUUAGCAUUUUGGUGAAAGCACAUACGGGGUAAUUCAAUUAAUUUUGUGCGUUAAGUGAUCAGCCACAAGAUCUUGUUCAAUUGAGGUGCAAUCUUGAGUGACAAGUAUGCUCAAUUAUCCCAACGGUGAUGGGGAGUAUCCCAUGAAUGGGAUGUACACUCCAACUGCUCCAGUUCCUUGCAAACCUCCAACGAAUUAUCAUCCGCAUGACAGAAAUUUCCCAAGUGAUCAAGUGACGAGUGUUGGUGAUCAAACUGGAUACCUCUAUCCAGCCAAAGGAUCUGAGAAUGUCAAGAGAUUCUCUGUGAACAAUCUCCUGCAAUUGGCCAAUUGCACAAAUCCUGAUACCCGGUCAACAGACGACACAAGUGGCUACACGCAGUUGCCAGAAUCGUCCACAGCCAGCGGCGGAAAGAAGCCCAGAAGGAACAGAACCACAUUCACCAGCAAUCAACUCACGGCACUCGAGAAGAUCUUCGAGAGAACUCACUAUCCUGACGCAUUUGUGAGGGAGGAACUGGCUACAAAAGUCGGAUUGAGCGAGGCUAGGGUUCAAGUUUGGUUUCAAAAUCGCCGAGCAAAGUUCCGUCGCAAUGAGCGAACUAGUUGUAGAUCUUCCACAUCGAGUGUCCCCAUUCUGCCCCAUAAACCUUCCAUCCCGCUCAUGCCGACUUCAGACAAGACACCAAGUACCCAUCAAUCGCCCGUGGACAUCAGUCCUUUCCCCACGUCACUGGGAUUCUCAGGAUUUGGGAUGUUCUCUGGGAAAUCCAUCAAUCCGUCGUACAAUCCAACGUAUCAAGAUUCAAAUUCGCAUUGUGCCUACUUGCCGGCGAAUUUCUGCAAUUCCAACGUUGGCGCCCAAAUGGCCGGCUACCAGCAUGGAUUUAUGGGAUUGAGGCACAAAUCUCACACCUAUUCAUCCCUUUAGGUGCCUUCCGGUGCCAGUUGUAGGAUAAUCCUCAGUUAGAAGACAUCAAGGAGGAAUUGUGGAGGCGGUUUUAGGACAAAUUUUGGAGGCAAUUUCUUCAGAAACAAAAGAAAAAUUCAUGGUUCUGUGAAUGCCAUUUAAUUGCAAUAGACAAUAAAUAAAUUUAACAUCUUU